UUGGCGGUGCUGCACCAGGACGCGUCUGGGCUGCAUCAGCCGCCGCCGCCGCCGCGCGCCCCGAGCCUGAGCCACGAUGAGCGGCCGAGUGGGCGACCUGAGUCCCAAACAGCAGGAGGCCCUGGCCAAGUUUCGGGAGAAUGUUCAGGACGUCUUGCCCAUCCUGCCCAACCCAGAUGACUACUUUCUCCUGCGCUGGCUCCGAGCACGAAGCUUUGACCUGCAGAAGUCAGAGGCCAUGCUCCGGAAGCAUGUGGAGUUCCGGAAGCAAAAGGAUAUAGAUAACAUCACGAGUUGGCAGCCUCCCGAGGUGAUCAAGCAGUAUCUGGCUGGGGGCACAUGUGGCUACGACCUGGAUGGCUGCCCGAUCUGUUAUGAUAUCAUUGGGCCUCUGGAUGCCAAAGGGCUGCUGUUCUCAGCCACCAAGCAAGACCUUCUCAGGACCAAGAUAAGGGAGUGCGAACUGCUUCUGCAGGAGUGUGCCCGCCAGACCACCAAGCUGGGGAAGAAAAUUGAGACCAUCACCAUGAUUUACGACUGUGAGGGGCUUGGCCUCAAGCAUCUCUGGAAACCUGCAGUAGAAGCCUACGGUGAGUUUCUCAGCAUGUUUGAGGAAAAUUAUCCUGAAACACUGAAGCGUCUGUUUGUUGUUAAAGCCCCCAAGCUGUUUCCUGUGGCCUAUAACCUCAUCAAACCUUUCCUUAGUGAGGACACCCGGAAGAAGAUCAUGGUCCUUGGAGCAAACUGGAAAGAGGUUUUACUGAAACACAUCAGCCCUGAUCAGCUGCCUGUGGAGUAUGGAGGCACCAUGACAGACCCUGAUGGGGACCCCAAGUGCAAAUCCAAGAUCAACUAUGGGGGUGACAUCCCCAAGAAAUACUAUGUUCGAGACCAGGUCAAGCAGCAGUAUGAGCACAGCGUGCAGGUAGCCCGGGGCUCCUCUCACCAGGUGGAAUAUGAAAUCCUCUUCCCCGGCUGUGUGCUCAGGUGGCAGUUCAUGUCAGAGGGGGCAGAUAUUGGUUUUGGAAUUUUCCUGAAGACCAAGAUGGGCGAGCGGCAGAAGGCUGCGGAGAUGACAGAGGUGCUGGCCAGCCAGAGGUACAAUGCUCACAUGGUGCCUGAGGACGGGACCCUCACCUGCAGUGAUCCUGGCACCUAUGUCCUACGGUUUGACAACACCUACAGCUUCAUCCACACCAAGAAGGUCAGUUUCACAGUGGAGGUCCUGCUACCAGACAAAGCUUCAGAAGAGAAGAUGAAUCAGCUGGGAGCUGUCACCCCCAAAUAACACCCUCCUUCUACAGCAGGCGUGG